AUGGAGAGAUUGAUGGAGUUCUCUGAAUCUGAGACACAAGCUCCUGAUGAUUUAACUGAUUUGGAGGCGGCUUAUAACUCUCCUCCUCCACUUGCUCAAGAGUGCAAAAGUUACAAAUGGAAAAUUCAGUUGAUAGAUGCUCAUAGGAACAUUGAAGACCAAAUGCUGACAACCAAAGAUGUUUGGAAGCUACAAAACCGCAAAGUUGUUGUUCACUUCGAUGAAGAUAGCGGUCAACCUGAUGAAGAUUCUGGAGGUCUACUUGGAUCAUGGUUAGGUCAACUGAGUACAGAUGUAAACCUAUUACCAAUUAACUACAGUGACUGGAGAACCUUUCUCCCUCAUAGAAAGGAUAGAGCAUGGGAAAUAAUCCAGGCAAAGUUUUGGUUUGAUAAUCCAGAUACAAGACAAGGUUAUGUGAUGGGAGUCCUAGGAAACAGAUGCAAAGAUUUUAAAUUACGUCUUUGGAGGGACUACAAGCGAAACACUCGAACUGAAUCGUUAGCCAAUCGUCCCCCUAAUGUACCUGAAGAUCAAUGGCAUGAUAUGGUUUUCAUGAGAUUCACUGAUAAGUGGAAGACAAUGCAAGAACGAAAUACUGUAAGCCGACGCAAACAUACCAUGCCUCAUCUAUGUGGACGGAGGAGUUUUGCUAGGAGACGACGUCAAAUUAAAAACGAAACUGGAAAAACACCAUGUCGGGCGGAUUUUUUCAUCAUGACUCGCAAAAAAUCUGAUGGAAAUUUUGUUUCUGAUGAAGCUAAAAAGCAUGCGGAUGAACUUACAAUUUUACUGACUCAAAAUUCAUCAACGCAAGUCUCACACAACGUCACAGCUUGUUUGGAUGAUGAAUAUUCUCGAGUGUUUGGUCCGGAACGUUCAGGGAGAGUACGUUGUGUUGGUCGAGGACCUACACCUUCAAAAUUAGCCAAACAAUGCACUGCAGCACGAUCUGAGGCUAAUAAUGCUGAAGUUGUUCAAAUGAAGACGAAGAUGACAUCAUUGGAAAAUCAAGUUGAAAGUUUGACUGGAAUUAUUCAACAACUUCUGAAUACAAGAAGCAACGAUCCGGGAACAAGAAAUGAAGAUAUGAACCACAACGAAAACAGUGAGAACUCUCACGGCGACAAUGGCUGA